AUCAACCCCCAGUCCCAGUUGCCCGCGUCGUCUGCUAGUCGCGCAAAUGUCUUCGAGACUUUUGACUGCUCAUUAAAAUUCCCAGUGUUCUCGCUGAAAAAAACUCUGUGAAAAAAUCGCUAAGAGGACUGAAAAACCGCAAACAUGUUUCAAUUCGGAUUCAACAUGUUCCCGGAGAUCCCGCGGCCCUUCAAUACCCAGUACAAGUGCUUCUCGGUAUCGAUGUUGCCCGGGACCUAUCGUCAAGACGUCGAGCGUGGCGGCAAGAUAAUCAUGCCACAGUCGGCUUUGGAGCAGCUCACCAGGCUCAACAUCAUUUAUCCGAUGCUCUUUAAGUUGACUAACAAGAAAACGAAUAGAAUCACUCACUGCGGUGUCCUGGAAUUCAUCGCUGACGAGGGCAAAGUCUACUUACCUUACUGGAUGAUGCACAAUCUUCUUUUGGAAGAGGGUGAGCUACUAAAUGUAGAGAGCGUGUCGCUGCCAGUGGCGACGUUCUCGCGCUUCCAGCCGCAGUCGGAGGACUUCCUGGACAUCACAAAUCCAAAGGCCGUUCUGGAGAACGGUCUGCGCAGCUUUGCCUGUCUGACCACGGGCGACGUGAUUGCUAUCAAGUACAACCAGAAGAUCUAUGAGAUGUGCGUGCUGGAGACCAAGCCUGGUCCAGCAGUCAGCAUCAUCGAGUGUGACAUGAACGUAGAAUUCGCGCCACCAGUUGGCUACAAAGAACCAAAAAGAGUGACCAGGAAGGAGGAGGAUCAGAUGGAGGAUCUGGCUGAUCUGAUGCCGGCGCCGACCGGCUUCGUGCCCUUCAAGGGCGAGGGCGUCCGAUUGGAUGGUAAAAAGCGCAAGGAUGCGCCCAAGCAGGAAACUCCGGCUGCGAAGCCGGCCUAUGUCCGAGGUAUACCCGAUUACGAUUACCAGAUAGGCACUCUUAGGUUCCUGCGAAAUAUGAAGCCUGCAAAUAAUAAAGAGACGAAGGAUCCAGACGAAUUUAAGGCAUUCACUGGCGAAGGAUUCACUCUCUUAAGAAAGUCAAGAAAAUGAUAAAAUAACGAACAAUCGUUUUAUUUAUUUCAAUUUUUAGAAAAAAGAUCUUUGUCGGAGCGUUUGUCGGAUUGAAUGAAUGGCUUUUGUAAGAGUGUUCUGCGUGAUAUCCCCCAUUUGUUAUACGCGAAUAUAAUAUAACUUGAUAAUGGUAAUCAAUUUUGUCGUUCAAUUAUUAAUCUGGAAUCUAGAUUAUAAUAGAUUCCAACUCAUCUCUCUCCACUUGAAAUCUUGUUUGACUGAAUGAAUCUUAAUGAAAUACGUUCUUUCUUAUCUUUCUAUUAUACACUGUUUUUAAACAAUAAAAUAAUUGUAGUCUCAUUUUUUCAUACAAAAACUUAGCUUAUCUAUAGUCCUUAAAACAAUAAAUCCUUAAAAUAAGAAGAAAUAUGUGAAGAUUAUUAAUUACGCAAUAUUUCUUAAAGUUUAAACAUCACAAGUUCGCAAAAUCGCAUCAGUCUACUAAUGGGCCCCAAAAGUGCUUGCUGGGCCUCGUCUGGUCCUCCGUGAGCAUGAAGUCACGUCCCAGAGUGACAAACUCAUUCAAACUGAUCUUUCCAUCGUCAUUCGUGUCGAUGUGACUAAAACUGACAACAGCAUGCUGCAACGAUACAAUAUUUAUUAAUUAAAUUACAGUGAAAAUUCUAUAACUGUAUGUAUAAUAACAACAAUAACAACACACGCACUUACAUCGUGUGUGAGGCCCAAACAUGCGAAGAACAUUUUGAAUUCCUCGAUGGAAAUCUCACCGCUGCGAUCUUUGUCCACCGCCUGUAAGUUGUAUUAUAAUUUGUUCGAAAAUAUACUAUUUUAUAAAUCCACAAA